AUGCAGAGGCCUUGUACCCCAUUCUACAACAUCAAGGCCUACCUCCCUGUCAUUGAGUCUUUCGGAUUCUCCGGUCAGUUGAGGGCUGCGACUUCAGGCCAGGCUUUCCCACAAUGUGUGUUUGAUCAUUGGGAGAUGAUGUCGUCUGACCAGGCUGCACAGCUUGUUACAGAUAUCCGCAAGAGGAAGGGCUUGAAGGAGCAAAUGACCCCGCUAUCCGAGUUUGAGGAGAUUGCGCUACAAUAUUUUCGUCCGUUUUAUGAAGGAGCACAAUGCUAA